AUGAGUGUAAAUAAACUGACUCAAAGCUUAAUCAAGCUCCAAAACCAAGAAAUGAUUAAGCUUCUUACUGAGAAAUCUAUUGAAAUUCGCAAGCUUCAAGAUGACAAAAAUAAGCUCCAGCAAAGAAUCAGUGAAUUAACCAAUCAUGUAAAAGUUUUGAAAAGCUUAGUAAAAGAAAAAGACCUGCAAAUAGAGACACCCUUUUAUUUUCUUAAUCCUUGACCAGCGAUUAACUACUGCCUAACGCCAGCAGGGCUUGACGUAUUGCUGCAUCACCUAAAAUCUCCUUCUUGGCGUGUCUAAAUCAUAUUGCAGACUAAAGAUUGCCUCCCAAGAAAUUCGGAAGGGACAUUACUUCUCGAUCUGUCGUCUGUGGGUUGAGGAAAGAAGGUUUAGCACCAAAAACCUACUAUGGAGAACUAUUGCAAUUUGGAACGACCUUUCUCGACCUGGAUCAGCUCGGAGGACACCGAUGACCUAACUCCGCUCGCCAUUUUAAUAAUUUCUCUGCAAAUAGAAGAUUUAGAAAAGUUUAUUGCAAGUAAAGACAAUACUAUUACUUCAACAAAACCAAAAAUCAGAAAUUCCUCAUCACAGCCAAGCUUAAACUUAACUGAUAGGAUUUCAUCUGCCAAAAGUUCUAAUGAAACUCCAAAAAGUAGAAGAACCCCUAGAAUCACAAUUGAGGAGUCUUUAUCUUCACUACUUGACGAAUUUAUGCAAAAUCGUCCAGUAACUACUCUAAGUCGAACAACUUCACAAGUUCAAAUAUUAAAAAAUGCCUUAGCGAGCCCUUAUUUUAUGCCUGUGAGCCAUCUGAAGAAAAAAAGGCAAGUUAGUGUCAGCAAGCCUAGGCACAUAGGAAAUUUGACAGAAGAAAUGGAAAAUAUGCUGAAAAGACUUGAAUUGGUCUUGGAAGGGUGGAAAGCAGCUACAUAUUCAACGUAA